AUGUCAGGUGUAAGCUUUGAAGGAUCAAGCGGGGUUCAAGUUGGUUAUUCUUCUUUAUUCUUUAUUUUGCUUUCCGAGCUCGCCGUAAUUCUCGUUCAAGUUCUUUAUUUGCUCAAACCAGGGCACGAGAAAUCGGGAAAGACGGAAGUAGCUGGAUGGACAAAAGAACUGGCGAUCAAGUUGAGGAAGAAUCCGAGCCAGAAAUCGGCAAAUAAAAAUCUUCUCAAUCAGAACUGA